CAUCAGCAUCAGCAUCGGCAUCAGCAUCAUCAGCAUCAGCAUCAGCAUCAGCACAUCAGCAUCAGCAUCAGCGCAUCAGCAUCAGCGCAUCAGCAUCAGCAUCAGCAUCAACAUCAGCAUCAGCAUCAGCAUCAGCGCAUCAGCAUCAGCAUCAGCAUCAGCGCAUCAGCAUCAGCGCAUCAGCAUCAGCAUCAGCGCAUCAGCAUCAGCAUCAGCAUCAGCGCAUCAGCAUCAGCAUCAGCAUCAGCAUUAGCAUCAGCAUCAGCAUCAGCAUCAGCAUCAGCGCAUCAGCAUCAGCGCAUCAGCAUCAGCGCAUCAGCAUCAGCGCAUCAGCAUCAGCAUCAGCAUCAGCGCAUCAGCAUCAGCGCAUCAGCAUCAGCGCAUCAGCAUCAGCGCAUCAGCAUCAGCAUCAGCAUCAGCAUUAGCAUCAGCAUCAGCAUCAGCAUCAGCAUCAGUGCAUCAGCAUUUGCAUCUGCAUCAGCGCAUCAGCGCAUCAGCAUCAGCAUCAGCAUCAGCGUAUCAGCAUCAGCAUCAGCAUCAGCGCAUCAGCAUCAGCGCAUCAGCAUCAGCAUCAGCAUCAGCAUCAGCGUAUCAGCAUCAGCAUCAGCAUCAGCAUCACCAUCACCAUCACCAUCACCAUCACCAUCACUAUCCUGGUCUCAAGGCAAUGCGCCUGUGGCCUUUCAGCGUUUGCCCAGGCCACGUGCUCCGACAACUCAACCAGAUGUGCUGUUUGCGUUUGAGAACACUCAAUCUCUACCAGAGGAGCACGUGGAGCAGGUGGUGAAGGUGAAGGUAUCAGAGGAGCAUGUGGAGCAGGUGGUGGAGGUGAUGGGGCUGGCGCCGCUCAUCACCCUCACAACGGACAUUGCAGCAGCAGACGCCGUGCUGGCCCUGCGCUCCAAGCUCAAGGGCAACGCGUGGCUGCGCGGGGUUGCCAAAUUUCGCCACCUCCCCAUCUACGCCGUAAAGGUGGGCUUUAGUGAGGGGUGA